AUGGCUCCAGGAACUCUAUAUAGUAUUCUUGGCAACUGUGCCGUUCAAAACUUCAUCAACCAGACUGUGCCUUGUGACAAGUGGGUGUAUGGCUCCAGGAACUCUAUAGUGUCUGAGUUCGACUUGGCCUGCCAAGAGUGGAAGAGGACGCUGGUGGGCACGGUUCACAACGUGGGAGUGAUGAUAUCCAUGCCUUUGAUGGGCUUUGUUUCAGACAGAUGGGGUCGAAGGAAAUCCAUAAUAGCCAGCGGGCUAGGUCUGGUAGUAGGGGCUUUCAAGACCCUAACCACGGGUCCGGGCUGGACCGGAUAUCCCCUUUACUUGCUACUAGAGCUUCUGGAGGCUGCGCUGGUCACUGGAACUUACACCACUUGUUUUGUGCUGAUGCUGGAACUAGUUGGCAAGAACAAACGCAUAGUCAGCGCCCUAGUCCUCGGAAUCAUGAUUUCCUCUGGCGAACUCCUCUUGACCCUGAUCGUCUGGCAAGUCCCUUACUGGAGACACUUCCAGCUCUUCCUCUACUGUCCUGCCUUCAUCUUCCUCGCAUACAUCUUCCUUCUAGAAGAAUCCUUGCGCUGGUUGAUUGUCAAUGAGAAGAAUGACAAAGCUGUCAUGCUGGUGCAGAAGAUUUCGAAAUGGAACGGUGUGGCGUUGUCGCGGAAGAUGAUAGAUGCUAUUCGGAAUUCGAAAGUGGGGUUCGAUGCGGAUAAAGAAGUGGAGAAGGAGAAAUUUCAUCCGAAGCUUCUGUUCUCUUCGGCAAUGUUGGUUAAAAGAUUGGUCGUAUGCUCGUGGUGGUGGUUCACCGCAGCGUUCGUCUACUACGGUCUCCUCAUCAACUCCGUGGCUCUCCCCGGCAACAGGAUAGCCAACUUCGCUCUCUCAGCCGUCUCCACCCUCAUCGGAGAGUUCAUCGCCUACUUCUUCCUUAAUAAGGUCGGGAGGAAGUAUACUCUGCUGGGAGGGUUUCUGGUUUGUGGGGUCGCUUGUGUCACGGAAGCUUUUGUGCCGAAAGCUGCCAAAACCGAAUUGAUAGUGAUAUUCCUGAUCGGCAAGAUGUGCAUAUCCAUCUGCUUCAACGGCAUUUAUGUGUACACUUCAGAGCUGGUCCCGACCAGCGCUAGAGGAUGCUUAGUUGGGGCCUGUUCUAUGGUAGCUCGAGUUGGGUCUGUGCUGGCACCCUUGACUCCACUGCUGGGUACCUGGUGGCAGCCAUUUCCAACGCUCCUCUUUGGUGGUUCUGCGUUGAUGGCAGCAUUGCUGACACUCUCGACGCCCGAGACAUUAAAGCGAGAUCUACCCGACACCGUCGCGCAAGCUAAAGCGUUUCAUAAAUAACCUCUCGAGGUUCUUCAAUAUCCUAGUACU